GGCCUUUUAUCCAGCAACCCACACCGUUCUUACAUGUGCGUCUCCCCAAAACAACAAUUCGGUAGCAUGUUUAAUUAUUAAAUAAUUAUUAAACCCAUCAUGUCUCAGAUGGUGAAAUAAGCCCCCGACAUGUCUCGAUUUGAGACAACUUUGCGGCCGCAGCCCCGCCUCGACCUCAAGUGGCUGAAAACGGACCUGCAGAGUGUGCUCACGGGGGACAGUUUGGUGAAUUGUUGGAACAGUCUGAUUGCUGAUGGAGAGGUCACAGGGGCCUUCUCGGACGGAUUGUUGAACAGUGCGGGGGUGACGGCCCGGAAAGGGGAGUUUGGGAAGUAUUACUGCAACCAGAAAGUGUUGACUUGUACUUGUUGUGAUGGGAUUUGUGGGCCUUCGACCGGGUGCAAUUGCCCCCCUUGCCAGAGACUCGACGCUGAAGACACGACUGAGAAAGACAGGGCGGAGCCUUUGCCCAGCACGGAGGCCCUCCUGGGGCAAUGGGCCUGGAUGCCGCAGCCAACCCCCGAACAACUCUCCCGGUUUAUUUUAAGUCUGAACAAUGAACAGAAAGUCCUAUGUGCCGACGCUGCAAGUUCUACACUCUCAGCAACGAGGCUUUAUUACCGACUUGUCAUUCUUAAACGCUAUUUCAUUGCCUUGAAUAGGGUGCCCCAUUCGGUGGAUUUCGAACAUGGCUUGAUUACUAGUAGAAAAACUAACACGGAAUUGUUACAAACUCGAAACUUGAUAAAGUUGACCAAAAUUAAAGCUUGGAAUUUAGACCCGGCGAUUGCUUUGGCCAGAGUUGGCUCUAGGGCUGCUCUAAAUUUUGCUUUUGCGUUUUUAAGGAAAGCUUGGAGAUUGGGGGAAGAUGUAGAUUUGUGCAGUGAAUUGUUAACGGAGUCUCUGGAAGCUUUGCAAAUGUUGCCAGUUGCCACUCUUUUUCAUCAAAGUGACGUCUCGCCAGUGUGGCUGGAAGUGGUGGAAAGGUCGUCGAAAUUUUUGAGACAGGUUAUAACCGGCGAUAUUUCCGGAAGUCGCCAAAAUUUUGUCAUACCUUUGGAAGACCAACAUACCUCCUUGAAUCUUCUUAUGGAAUUGGCGAUACAAAAAGGAACACUCAGUAGCAUACUGGACAUUGUGCUCCUACUUCUCAACUUAUGGGACAAACAAACUAACCUUCACGAUAACCGAAGUAAUGUACAAAUGGCGAGUGCCCCCUUAUUACCGUUCCUGAAACGCUUCUCGCAAAUUCCUCAUGCUUUGCCCGAAUUUUGCGAAAAGGACUCAAACGAGGAGAAUCUCAGCAGUACUCAAACUUACCUUAGUUUCAUCGAAUUGCCAGAAGAUGACUCUGUCGAAAUUGAUCUUAAACAAGCCGCUAGCUUUAUUAUGGCUCAUCUUGAUAGAUUAGCCAAGCCACAUAUACCCCCAUUGUCUUUCAAUAAGUCAAAUUUUUAUUAUAAUGGUCAACGUGUCUUUGGAUGGGGUUGGUUUUCGUGGAUAUUCGGUGUGGGACCACAAAAUUGUGACACUUUAUCAGAAUUGACCAUCAAACAGAUUUGUUGUUCGGAUCGAACUAUUCUAAUUUUGACACAGAUGGGGAAAGUGUAUUUUAUGUAUUAUUCGUCUGAUACACAGUGUCCCCAAGAAAUGACAGUUUUUGAAGAUAAGGAAGUGAUAAAAAUUGCCACACAUCCGGAAGGAAAACAUUAUUUAGCAUUGACCAAAGAUUAUGAAGUGUAUUCGUGGGGAAAUGGCGACGGGGGCCGAUUAGGUCACGGUGAUACUACAACCAAAGAAGAGCCAACUUUAAUUCAAGCUCUGAAAGGUAAAGAUAUCAUUGAUAUAGAAUGUGGGGGCACUUAUAGUGCCGCUAUUUCCGCAAAUGGCGCUCUUUAUACAUGGGGUCGGGGGAAUUACGGCCGUCUUGGUCACGGCACCGCCGAAGACUGUCUCACCCCCACAAUGAUUUCUGCACUUUCCGACGAACACAUCAUCAAAGUGGCUUGUGGUUCAUUCUACGCCCACACACUUUGUAUCACCUUACAGGGUAAAGUCUAUAGUUGGGGUGACGGCGAUUAUGGUAAACUCGGACGUGGGGGCUCCGAUGGUUCAAAACUCCCACGUCUCGUCGAAAAACUCCAAAACGUGAAAAUUGUACAAGUAUGUUGUGGGGCACAGUUUAGUGUUGCUCUAUCGGAAGAAGGUCACGUGUAUACGUGGGGUAAAGGUGAGGGAUGGAAAUUGGGCCAUCCGACUGAAGAAAGUGUAAGAUUUCCUGAAUUGGUGGAAGUUUUAAAAGAUAAAAGAGUAGUAGGGGUGAGUUUGGGGGUGAGUCACGUGUUGGCAUUGACUGAUCAAGGAGAGGUUUAUGGAUGGGGGAAGAACGAAAAUAAGCAAAUUUGUGAUAGUUCGGAAUUGUUCGUGCAACAACCGAGAUUGAUCGAAGCGUUAAAAGGACAGAAAGUAGUGGGGGUGUGUUGUGGACCUGCACAGAGCUUUGCAUGGACUGAUGAUAAUGAGAGGACACCGAAGACGGCUGUGCCUUUUGUCAUUGACUUGGGGGAGCAGACGUUUAAACUAAUUGAAAACCUCCUCGAAGUCGUAAUAACCAACACAAUAGCUCAAGACAAAGAAUGCAUCGCUGUUUCCGCCCUAAAUCUUCUCCACCUUCAGUUACACUGCAUAAUUAGCAACAACCUGGACACCAAAACUCUGGGUAUUGGCGCCAGUAGUAAACUCCUCAACAGCCUCAAAACCCAAGUUGUGUGCUUAGCCAGCUCCUCAGACAUCCUCCCUAGCGUCCAAUCAGCAGCCCAGAACGCCCUUCAAGCCGGUUGGUCGGUCCUUCUCCCAACAGCCAAUGGAAGGGCAAGAAUUCUCAGUUCACUUCUCCUCAACACCGACUCGGAAACAAAAAUGUGUAAAUCAGGCCACCGAUUUAUGACCGACCUUCUCGUUUGGAGUUUAAUGGCAGAUGGGGGCCUUGAAACAGCCCUAAACGAAGCCCUAGGACUCGAUAUUUCCGAAUUGACCGAAUCGGAGGAGAAUUUCGAACAAUCAACGACUCAUAUCACCAUACCUUUGUUGUAUCUGAUCAAACAGUUGAUAAGGAAUGGUAGCGCACAAACGCAGACGUUUUUGAAGGAAUUGGGGACUUGUGGUAAAAUGGGGGCUCAAAGGAAUGUUCCAUCGCCCAGUUUGAAGCUUUUAUCCCGAUUUCAGAGAUUAUUAAUUGGACGAAUUUUUUCGAAAGGAUUGGAAUGUCAAGAUGCGUGUGAGACACUUCUAGUGAAGUAUUUAGAGUGUUUUUCGGGUCACGUGACUGCUAGUUUGAAUGUGGCCUAUGAGACGUGUCUUGUAAUGCCGAAAAAUUUUCUCUACGUUUUGCAAAUCCUCAAAGGUGACAUCAUUGGCAUCCUCUUACCUGAACUCAUCAUCAGCCUAAUCCUCCUCGAAUCGGAAGUGGAAAUGUUUUUAACUUCCGUCAAUUGGCUCAACUUAUUCGGCGAAGUGAUUAAAUCCCUCGAUAAGUUAUGUCGCUUAUCACCAGAUGUCGAAACGUUUGAUAUCGACGACAUAUCAUGGCGUGGAGUGUCCCAAACCCGUCCAAAUCCCUACUGUCAUAAACCCUACGACGAUCUCCCCUUAAUCCGAAAAGCCGACCUUGACAAUCACAAUAUGGAUGGCGGUCUUUGGGUUUUAAUCAACAACAAAGUCUACGACGUGCAGGAUUUCAGGUGUGACAGUUCAACAAUCAACGAAUUGUUGCAAAAAUACGCCGGCAAAGACGCCAGUCAAUUGUUUAAUAGCUCACCCUACCAUUUAUCAGUAUUACAAAUGAUGGAGAACUACGUUGUUGGUAAUUAUUGCCAACCUGAGCCCGAAAUACCCCAAAACAAUCUGGAUUGUUUGAACGUCUAUUCGACACUUUUCGACACCGAACGCAAUCUUGGUUAUUUACUCGGGUUGCAUUCGUUCAAUUUACGACAAAGUUUGCCUUUGCAACAGGAAGAAAUCACCUCGAAUGUGUGGUUAAAUGCGCGUUUUUUACGUGCUGGUCUCCAGGUUGACCAACCACCGAAUCCGUACGGUGAAGAGAAAGGCGAGUCGAGGAGUACCAACUCGACCACGGAAAAUACCCCAACUGAGCCGAGAGUUAACGAAAGUCAACGAGUUUCGAAAAAAUUUCAAUUGCCCAUCGAUCGGAUCAAUUCGUUUAUUAAUGCUUUGGCCGAGAGUCGAUUAUCGGAUUCGUACGUGAUUUCGUUUCUCGCUGUAGUUGAACAGUUUUCGAAACAGAAUAAUUUUUUAACACGUGUGGAUUUUUCGUUUGAACAUCCGAUUGAAGAAAUCGGAAGGGUUUUAUAUGCCGUUUUGUUGAAACAUUUAGGAUUGGGCUAUGUUGUAUUACCGAUUUUAGAUGCAUAUUCAAGUCAACCGAAUGUAAAACUACCCAAAGCCAUAGCUGAGAUGAUCAAACUCGUUCAUGGCACAAAAUGGAGUUUGAUUAAAAUGCGUCAAGAGUUGAAUAAAAGUUACAAAGAGAUUUGUAUCCCACUUUUGGAAAAAUGCAGGUUUUUGUUGUAUGAUGUUAGACCAAGUAUCAGUGUCGAAAUGGAGGCUUUUAAGAAAGUUAAUAUUUUGUAUAAAGAGCCUCGAGUUCGCACUUUGGUGAAAAAAGUUAUUAGAGAUCUGAAAUGUGGACGGCACACUUCUGAAAUUCAAAAACCCGAAGACAUUGUCAAUGCCACAAUUCAGUCGCAAAGCGAACGACACAAAUCUAACGAAGACGUUAGUAAAACUUCUAUGAAGAAAACGUCUUCCGAUGGUAAAAUUUCUGAAUCGAAGAGUGAAACCGAUGAUGUUAAUAAUGAGAUUAAGAAUGGGGCUCAGAAAGUCGCUGAAUCGAACAAUUCGCAAAGGAAUACGAAGAGUUGUGGUGUCGAUUUGGAGGAGAAGUGGAAUGUUGAGAAGAUUGAGAAUGAUACGAGGAGUGAGCAAAGUGAGGAAGAGAAGGAAAAGAAGUUGGAAAAUGAGAUUGCGUUGAGUGGGAUUGUUUCGAAAUUGACUGAAAAGCAAAUGAAGAAAGUUUGUACGGAGAAUUUGGAAUUGAUGAGUUCGAUUGUGGAUUUUGUGGUGCAGGAGACGUGCGAUGUGGAGAUUUUAAGAAAAGCCAUGUAUUAUCAGGUGAAACGUUGCAAGAUACGCAAACAAGGCCUCUGGAUGAUCAACCGCCUCCUCCACGACAACUACCUCCUCACCUCCGUCAAAUACUCAAUCAUCAACGGUUACCUAAACCUCAAUUCCACCUCGUCGCCAACCCAACAUUGCCUCGACAACAUCCAACUCGUCACUCCAUUCAUGAAAACGGAAAUUCUCCUCUCACAACUCUCCGUAACCGAAUGGUGUAUCGAAAACCUUCGCAACUACAUCCUACGUGACGUUCCGGUUAAAACCGGCAAAACAAAAGCCGGUAAUAAAGUAACCCUCAAUCUCGGCACCUACACCCUUCUUCGAGACGUACCACGUGCCCGAAUGAUCCUCGCAAUUAUGGGAAUUCUCGCAUCGAAUCGAUACAUAGCCCUGGAACUUAGCCCACUUAUCAAUAGCGGAGUCAUCAGUUCGGUUUUAGCCCUUUUGAAACAAACCGGAUGCGAUCAGAGUAUUGUGAGAAAAGUAUCGGAAUUUUACGUCUUAUAUGCCGAUAUUAUCGAUAAUAAUAAACCGAAAACGAGUUGUUUAACUGGACCUGAACUUGCAAGUUUGAUGAAACUGGGUACAAAGGUUGUGAGAGGGGCCGAUUGGAAGUGGGGGGACCAGGACGGCUCACCGCCUGGUGAAGGUCGAGUCAUUGGGGAAUUAGGUGAUGAUGGGUGGGUGAGAGUUGAAUGGUCCAAUGGUACCACCAAUAGUUAUAGAAUGGGGAUUGAAGGGAAGUAUGACCUAGCGUUAGCCUCGCCCCCAUCACCUGUAACCACAGAUACAGACACGGAGGAACCCAGCGACCACACAUCACAAAUUGUCAAAGACAACCAAUUGAUUAAGCUUUUGCGCGAUGCAAGUAUCAAUUUUUUGCGAAAUGUUUCCCUAAGUGCUGGAUUAGCCAAUGAGAAUCUACACCAAACCACUUUACACGGUUUAAGUAGCCUUUUUUGUGCCACUUUAAGUGCAUCAAACACUUCAGAAUGGUGUAACUUGACUCUAGUCCGAUCUAUAGCACAAACACAGCAAAUUUGUCGUGCUUUUAGUACCAAACCGUGGAUAAAUAUGUUGUUAGGGUUUUUAUCAGCGUCAAGUUUGGUUGGUAACGAGUUGAAUCUCCCCAAACAGAUUUUUUCAGUCCGAUUCUUGCACACUGUACUACAAUCAUGGGAUAUGGAUAAUUCAGAAAUACCAACAUUACUCGAAAAAUUACUCAACAUUUUGGGUAAAAUAAUCCUGACCUGUUCGUACGACACUGGAAAUAAGCCACAAACGACGACAAAAUCCCUAGUUUUACUCACACAAUCACAUAGUAGUACUUUGGCUCAGGAAAUUAUCCACUUGUUGCGUUCAUUGCACGGUCUAGUUGGCUGGAAUCAGGUGUUAAAUGCGAUUUUAGCUCAGAAAUUAAACUUGGCUGCGUAUUUCCUGAGCGAUACUUGUCUCAUGUCGAUGAUUAACGAUGGUAACACUUCGGAUCAGCAACACUAUAUGGUGAUUGCGUGUCUUAAUGUGAUUGGUGCAUGGGAUGUUAGGCCUCGUAUAGGGGGCGUGGCCGAAGUUGAGUGUCAACAAGGCACAAUAGUGCGUGUCACUCCUAAAGGUAAACUUUGUGUGCAAAUCCAUGAAACAGGAGAGAGUCGAAAAGUACCAAUAAAUAAUUUGAAAUUGUCGCCUCAAGUUGAAUUUAAUUUUGAUCGAAUGCCAUUAAGUGAGAAUUUAGUUAAAACAUGGGCUAGUCUUUUGUUAAAUCGUCAAAGUAGUGCGUUAAAUAGUCAUGAGAAGAAGCCCCAACAUGGUCAAGUCAAUGCUGCGUAUCUCAGGACUCAGCAGAAUACUCUGAGUGCGCUCAACGCCACCCGAAUGUUGAACAACAAUCAAUACAAAUUACGUAAAGUGCUCAAACACCAAAUCAACGGUAUGGAUCAGUCUCAGGAGCAACAAUCUAUUGAAGAGGAGUUGAAUCAACAACCGGUGCUCCUGAUCCAGAAACUUCUAACAAAAGCGACUCAACCGAGUCCACUUAAACCUGGUUUUAGUCGACAAGAAAUGCAACUUGCUGCACUCAAUCUGAGUCAGUAUUUGGCCGCUGAGGGAAAUUUUGGGGUGUCUGGAGAUAAAACAACACCCAAAUAUUGUACUCGGUGUAAUAGUGAAGUCCCAACACCGAAUUCCGAAUGCUCAGUGAAGAGUGUAGUGAGUGAAAAAAAACGGAAACAAGUUGUUGACCUUCCCGUACAUCCAAUGGUGGGGCAAAUUGUCGAAAUGGGAUUCCCCAAACGGGCCGUUGAGAUUGCCAUUAAAUCAUUAGCAAUCGGUCCUGAGAGCUUGACAACCCCUGAGUCAAUCGUCACGUGGUUGUUGGAACACCCCGAAACGGCAAUUUCUGAUACUGAUUCCUCAAGCUCAGUGUGCGAAUCUGAUACUGAGUCAGUAUCGUACGAUAAUGGCAAUGCCAUGCAACCUUUCGUUCAAUUUUCCGGCGACUUUUCAUCACAAACACAGACAUAUUUACGACGUUCACAAUUCUUAUCAAACGAUGAGUAUGCAAUGUAUGUGCGUGAUAACGUCGAAGUGGGUAUGUUGGUGCGCUGUUGCAAAAGUUACGAAGAGGUGCAACUUGGCGACAUUGGAAAAGUCGUCAAAGUUGAUCGGGAAGGCCUCCACGAUCUCAACUUACAAGUAAAUUGGCAACAUCGCGUCAGUACCUACUGGGUGAGAUUCAUUCAAGUUGAAUUAUUGGGUUUCCCACCUUCGGUACCAUCACCAUCAACGUUAAAAGUCGGUGAUAAAGUUCGGGUGAAGUCGACAGUGUCGACACCUAGGUAUAAAUGGGGUCACGUGACGCAUGACAGUAUCGGUGUUGUUGCCGGUAUUUCACCCAAUGGCCAAAACGUCCAAGUUGACUUUCCCAAACAACAAAAUUGGUUGGGUUUAGUGUCAGAAAUCGAAGUGGUACCAUCGUGUCAUGAAGGUGUCGCUUGUAAUGGUUGUUGUGUGGUACCAAUUUCUGGUCCAAGAUUUAAAUGUAAAGUUUGUGAUAAUUUUGAUUAUUGUGAGAAUUGUUUCUAUACGAAGAGGAACCAUAAACACUCGUUUAAUAGGAUAAAUGAGCCAGGAGGGGUGGAAAUUUAUGCGGGAAAAGCGGGGAAGUACUGCCGACAUGACACUUUCGAUGGGGAGGGUGAGUUGAUCAGUGAUUGGGGUAAAUGUGUGAGGAAUGUGACUGUAUCGUCGAAAUAUGCCGCCAAGUUUGAGAUUCCAGGGUCGGUAUGGCAGAGUUGUGGUAGUCAGGGAAAGCACUGGAUUAGACUUGAAAUCUAUCCAGACGUUGUGAUAAAAAGUCUUAAACUUGGCGUUGAUCCGGCCGAUAACAGCUAUAUGCCGUCUGUCAUUGUGGUGAAUGGAGGGUCAACACUAAAUUCUCUACAAGAGUUAAACGUAAUUAAUGUUAAAAGUCACGAUACUUCGGUUAUUUUAUUGUCAAAUUUGGAUAAGUACUAUUCAAUUAUUGAGAUUAAUAUAGCCAAGUGUCGGAAUAAUGGUAUUGAUUGUAAAAUACACGGAAUGACAAUUGUUGGUGUGAGAAGACAGUCGUAUGGAGAAUUGAAAACUUCAGUUUCGUUUCUUGCCAAUGAUUGGGAUUUGAAUCAGGAACAAAUACCGGGGAUGGUGACGGCGGCAAAUGUUGCUCAAGACUCGACCGGAGAGCCGUCUUCUACCGUGGGCUGUCGCGUCUUCGUCUGGGGCCUCAACGACAAAGACCAAUUGGGCGGCAUGAAAGGUUCCAAGGUCAAACUCCCCGUCCAAUCAGAUUUCUUAAGUCAACUAUGGCCAAUCCACAUAGCUGGCGGUUCCAAAUCACUUUUUAUUGUCUCACACGAAGGAAAAUUAUAUGCAUGUGGUGAAGGUACCAAUGGUCGUCUCGGCCUCGGCCACAGUAACAACGUUCCUUACCCUCGCCCCAUUCCAUUUUUAAGUCAAUACGUUAUUAAAAAAGUUGCCGUUCAUUCCGGCGGUAAACACGCAAUGGCGCUAACCCUCGACGGUAAAGUAUUCUCAUGGGGUGAAGGCGAGGACGGUAAAUUAGGACACGGUAAUCGUCUCAAUCUCGACAAGCCGAAAAUGAUCGAAGUUUUACGAAGUAAAAAAAUCCGUGAUAUUGCAUGUGGGAGUUCACAUUCGGCUGCGAUCACCAGUAGUGGGGAGUUGUACACAUGGGGGUUGGGGGAGUACGGCCGUUUAGGACAUGGUGACAACAUAACGCAACUAAAACCGAAACUAGUUAAGACUUUAGUCGGUCAUAGAAUCAUCCAAGUGGCUUGUGGGAGUCGUGACGCGCAAACUCUUGCAUUGACAGACGAGGGAUGGGUGUUUUCAUGGGGGGAUGGGGAUUUUGGGAAGUUGGGCCGAGGCGGAUCCGAGGGUUGCAACAUCCCUCAUAACAUCGAACGUUUGAAUACCCUUGAUGUGGUACAGAUUGAAUGUGGGGCGCAAUUUUCGCUCGCUUUGACGAAAAAUGGUGAGGUUUGGACGUGGGGCAAGGGGGAUUAUUUUCGAUUGGGGCACGGGUCGGACCAACAUGUGCGAAAACCGACAGUUAUCGAGUCGCUCAAGGACAAAAAAGUGAUUCAUGUGGCCGUGGGGGCCCUACAUUGUUUGGCUGUCACCGAUACGGGGCAAGUGUAUGCAUGGGGUGACAACGACCAUGGCCAACAAGGUAACGGUACGACUAUUGUUAACCGGAAGCCGGCCCUGGUUCAUGGCCUUGAAGAUGUUCAUAUUAAUCGAGUCGCUUGUGGAAGUUCACAUUCGAUUGCGUGGACGUUGCAAGAUACUCAAGUGGUGUCUAAGGUUGAACCGGUGAUAUUUCCUGUGGCUAAGGAUCCGUUAGGUGCGUCUAUAUUGAGAUUGUAUGAAGGGGAGAAGAUUUUGAGUAGACAAAAUAGUAAAAAUACACCGACUUUGAGUAGUAUUGUUAUGUCGUUGGAAAGUAAUACAGCGAAACAGCAAGCGUUGCAACAUAUACUCAAUGCGAUACAUAUACAACAGUUGCGACAGGCAAUUGUUAAAGCUUUGUGUAGUCAUACCAACAUGAAAAAUACAAAUGCCAAGCAGACGGGGACUUUGGAUUCGCCCAAUGAACGUUCGAUUGGUGGUGGUGGGGGAUCGUUGGUGAAUAAGGAUGGAGAGAUUACGCUAGGAGGGGGCGAAGCGCCGGUCUCCAUGACGGAAAUGGUCGGAAUUAAUAGCCAUCAGACCACCCCCGAAACGGAGGAAAACCCAUUGGCUCUCAUCCAGUCAAUGACAGCGAGCAGUUGUUCGGCGAGUAUGUCAUCAAAGCACUCUCGAAUGUCAACAAGUGCGAUGUCUGUCAUUGCUGCCACUCUAACAUCACAUGCCGAGGUGAUUGGUGACAGUGGUAUAGCCGGUUUAGACGAAUUCACAUCCCUCCUAACCGAAAACGAUGCUCGUUUGUUAGUCGAUUUACUCAAGUUGGCCGUGGCUGACCGAAUCGAAGACGACCAAUCUAAAGAAAUUCUGUCAACAGUCUUAAUCACUCUCGGCAGUUCGAAUAAAUCAAUCGGUGCAAUGCUUCUCGAAUUAUGCGUAACCGAAUUAGAAGACACUGCAAACAGCACCCAAUCACUAUCAAGCACUCCCCACCCCGUCGUCCAAGAAUCCAGUCAUCCAUAUAUCGAUGAUAUCACACUUCGUGGUCACGUGAGACUCCCAGGUGCCGAUGCGCUCCGAGUCGAGUUCGAUCGGCGAUGUUCGACUGAACGACGUCACGAUCCGUUGCAAAUCACCGACGGAACUGGCCGAGUCGUGGCGACUAGAUCUGGGAGAGAGUGGGGUGAUUGGUCGGCUGAGUUGCGCAUCCCUGGCGACGAACUACGAUGGACUUUUACUAGUGACAGUUCAGUGAAUGGGUGGGGGUGGAGAUUUACGGUGUAUCCAGUCAUGUCGAAUCAUAGUCCGAAUGAGAUCGGGUCAGAUCGGGCCGUUUUGAGUCAACCGUCGAUGGAUAUGGUGAUGUGUUUGCUGGAUUCACGGUUGUAUCCGAUGGCUGAUUCGGCACUUAUGUCGCGAUUGGCUGCUGCGUUGGCCGCCUGUUCGCAACUAAGUUUCUUAUCGGCGAGUCAACGUAUGUGGGCGUUGCAGCGUUUGCACCGCCUACUAGUGGGCGAAGAUGCCAAAUUGGAGGUUAGUCUACAGUUGGAACAAUUGAAAGCGCCCGAUAGUGCAUUAGGGAGUUUACUAGAGGAGUUACCACAAGCAUUAUUGAGGCAAUACGAAUAUGAGGAUGUUUCAGUCCGGGCUGGACUACAUCUCAUGCAUUCGGACUUUUUCAAGGUUUUAGUAGCUCUAGCUUGUGAUUUGGAAUUAGACAAAAUGGUCGGUCUUGUUGACAACCAUAAAUGGUCAUGGUUUCGAAAGUAUUGUCAUGCGUCACGUGUCGCCAAAUCACUAAUACAUAGAACUGUAUUACCGGCGAAUUUUUGUCAAGAGGUACGAAAAAAAUUAGCUGAUACGAACGCUGAUGGGUGUUGGGAACACGAAAGUCACGAUAUUUUCAAAAAGGAACAUGAUGAACAGUUGCUGAUUUGGUUGAACAGACGUCCCGAGGAUUGGACCUUGUCGUGGGGCGGUUCUGGCACGAUUUACGGCUGGGGCCACAACCACCGCGGCCAAUUGGGGGGUAUAGAGGGCGCUAAAGUCAAAAUACCCACACCUUGUGAAGCCUUAUCGACUCUAAGACCGGUGCAAUUGGUAGGAGGAGAACAAACUUUAUUUGCAGUAACGGCUGAUGGGAAAGUCUACGCCACUGGUUACGGUGCCGGUGGACGAUUGGGUAUAGGGGGAACCGAUUCGGUUUUAGUUCCAACUUUACUAGAAUCGAUCCAACACGUUUUUAUAAAAAAAAUCGCAGUCAAUUCGGGUGGAAAACACUGCUUGGCUUUAUCGGCCGAUAAUGAUGUGUAUUCAUGGGGUGAAGGGGAUGAUGGGAAAUUGGGUCAUGGAAAUCGAUUAGCUUGUGAAACACCGAAAUUAAUUGAAGCGUUACAAGGUUAUGAAAUUGUUGAUAUUGCAUGUGGGGGGGCUCACAGUGCUGCAGUAACAAGCACAGGUCAGUUGUAUACGUGGGGGAAGGGUCGAUACGGCCGAUUAGGUCAUGGUGACAGUGAAGAUCAGUUAAAACCGAAACUGAUUGAAGAAUUAGUCGGUUAUAAAGUUAUAGAUGUCGCUUGUGGUUCAGGUGAUGCACAGACUUUGUGUAUAACCGACGAUGAUAAUGUAUGGUCGUGGGGUGAUGGUGAUUAUGGUAAAUUGGGUCGUGGUGGCUCAGAUGGAUGCAAAGUUCCUAAGAAAAUCGAAAGUUUGGCCGGUUUAGGGGUGAUUAAAGUCGAGUGUGGGUCACAGUUUUCUGUCGCUUUAACACGCUCUGGAAGCGUUUAUACUUGGGGGAAAGGUGAUUAUCACCGAUUGGGUCAUGGUACCGGUGAACAUGUCCGAAGACCGAAAAAAGUAGCCGCUUUACAGGGUAAAAAAAUUAUUAGUAUUGCAACAGGUUCCUUGCAUUGUGUUGCUUGUUCCGAUGAAGGAGAAGUGUUUACGUGGGGUGAUAACGAUGAGGGGCAAUUGGGUGAUGAUACAACUAAUGCCAUUCAAAGACCGAGACUAGUAUCGGCAUUACAGGGGAAAAAAAUUACAAAUGUGGCUUGUGGUUCGGCACAUACUCUCGCCUGGUCAACUAAUAAUGCUAGUUCGGCGUGUGCCCGUUUACCAUCAGUGGCGCCACUUGAGUACGAUCUUUUACAAGAUAUACCGACUUGGGUCCUACAUCGACGGUUGGUACUACUGUAUUAUUUCGCCGAGUUGAUUUGUCCAUGUAUUACAAUGUUUCCAAUCACCGGGUCUGAUUCCCUCCACGAAUUGAGGAGUAUUUUGAUUUACACUAUCAAGGAGGCAACGUUUAGGAAAGUGGUUCAGGCUACGAUGGUGCGUGAUAAGCAUCACGGACCUGUCAUUGAAUUAAAUAGAAUACAAGUGAAACGGUCAAGGUCACGUGGGGGCCUUGCAGGAGUUGAUGGAAUGAAAUCAGUUUUUGGUCAAAUGGUAACUAAAUUACCACUUUUGACAUCGGAAACUUUAGCAUUGCCACAUCGAGUAUGGAAAGUGGAGUUUGUUGGUGAAAGUGUCGAUGAUUGUGGGGGUGGUUAUAGUGAAAGUAUCGCAGAAAUGUGCGAUGAGUUACAAAAUGGUUCCCUCCCGUUGCUUAUACCCACCCCUAAUGGGCGGGAUGAUGCCGGGCCUAAUCGAGACUGUUUCAUUUUAAAUCCCACAGCGAAGAGUUGUUUACAUUUGAAUAUGUUUCGAUUUUUGGGUGUUUUAAUGGGGAUUGCGAUACGGACUGGUUCACCGUUGAGUUUGAAUCUUGCUGAGCCGGUUUGGAAGCAAUUGGCUGGGAUGGAAUUGACUCCAGCUGAUUUAACUGAAAUUGAUAGGGAUUAUGUUCCCGGUUUGUUGUGUAUUAGGGAGAUGGGGAUGGAGGAACCGUUAUUCCAGAAUUUGGAAAUGCCGUUCUCGACACCGUCAUCCUGUGGGAGUGAUGUACCGCUCAGUACGAAGUAUAAGAGGAUCACGUUUGAGAAUCGGCUCGAGUAUGUGCGACUAGCGCUGAAUUUCAGAUUGCAUGAAUUCGAUGAACAGAUCAAAGCUGUCCGUGACGGCAUGUCCAAAGUGGUUCCCGUCCCUCUCCUGUCACUCUUCAGCGGCUACGAACUCGAAACUAUGGUUUGUGGUUCCCCCGACAUACCUUUGAACCUUUUAAAGUCCGUCGCAACAUACAAAGGCAUCGACAGCAGUGCCCCCCUAAUCCAGUGGUUCUGGGAAGUAAUGGAAGAGUUCACAAAUCAGGAACGCUCUCUAUUCCUCCGAUUCGUAUGGGGGCGCACACGCCUACCUCGUACAAUUGCUGAUUUUCGAGGUCGAGACUUUGUUAUACAAAUUUUGGAUAAAUACAACCCACCUGAUCACUUUUUACCCGAGAGUUACACUUGCUUUUUCUUGCUUAAAAUGCCUCGCUAUUCGUGCAAGCACGUUUUGCAACAAAAAUUGAAAUAUGCCAUACAUUUCUGCAAGUCGAUUGAUAAGGAUGAGUAUGCCAGGGUGGCCAUGGCUGGGGAUCUUGCAGUGAGUUCCAGCUCGGAUGCGGAAAGUGACCCGGAAAUGGAUAGCAGUAAUUGACCCGUCCAUUGAUUUUUUACGUUCAGUGUGUAGUUUACUCAGUUUAUGAAUUAUUUAGUGAGUGUUUUAGGACUUUUUGGUGGAAUUGUGCUUCGGCGCUUGAUGUGCACUGAGCUUACGCUUGCAGACGAAAUGUUCUCAGAGUUUAUUACACAUUCCAUCGACUGAUUUACAUUUAGGCUAAACUUAAUCAUUUCUGAUAAUGUCAAUUCGUAAAAUUAAAUUUUUACACCGUUUUACUAUGUGUGGAUUGUAUGAAUGUCGCAUCGCAGUUUCACAUUGUUAUUUUUUUUUGUAGAUAAUUGGUAGUAUCUAGUCGCUGAAAUUUAGUUGAGACAUUUAUUAAUAAAUUAUAAACGUCAAUUGAUUUUAACCCGAGAAUUGAGACUCCUGUGAAAUAAACUGUCAGCAUUA